AUGAGUAGGUUGAGAAAUAUUGACUUUUCCGUCGAAUGCAUUGGAAAUCUUCUGUGUAAGAUUGAAUCCGCGUCCAUAUCCAAUCCCUCUAUUAUUAUUUCCGCCUUUGCUAAGCCAAGUUUGCUUGAAAUUAUUUCGGAAACAUUGGCAUCAGAUGUCACUAUCAAUAAAUAUUUGUUCAAUUUUGUCACCGAACUUAUAAGAGCGUGUUCUGGUAGCAAAUCGAAGCCAUCUGAUUUGGUUACGCUUCUCAAGUCUGUUAAAACCUUUAUUCCUGUUUGUAAUAACGAACCUCAACCACUUUUGAAGGCUAUCGAUUGUUUACUGGAAUCUGCUUGUCAUAGUGGUCCAGAGGUUUUCAAGGAGUUGUCGGAAGAAUUCCCAGCCAUUGUGUUGUUUGCCAUGAGAAGCUUCAAGCCUGAAAUGGAUUUUGCUAUUAACAUUUUGCGAUACUGUACCAAGAAUUGUCCCAAGGUUUUUAUAUUCGACUCCGUUUUUGACACUUACAUUCGAUUCAUGAUUGAAAAUUUGACUAUCUCUACUGCUGUGACUAGGGAUGAUGGCAAAAACCUGACGAAAAUGUUCUCUCUCUACUCGGAUUUGAUUAAACGAUUACAGUCCGAUGAAAGCGUUUCUGAUUUAAUGACUCCAGAGAAAUACUUAAGUCUCUUCGAUCCUCUUCGCGUUCUGCCUAUCAAUGAAACUCAUUCCGUACGUCGUCUGUAUACAUGGUGGACAUUCCUGUGCUUCCUUCCUGCGAACAUUCUCUUUAGUGGUUCUAACAAAUAUAUGACACCGUUCCUGGCAAAUCUAAUUGGUCGCUACAUGAGCGCGAACGAAUGUCUUGGGAAUCGCGCUACUACCAAGUAUAUACUCAGUUCUGCAUCUGUCUACAAUAAUUCUUCUGCGGCACAAAAUCUAGCAGCCCACGUUUUCUCUUGCUUUUUCGACUACCCACAGUUAUGCCCUUUAUCGGAAUUCGAAGGAGAGCCAUUGCCUAAGUUAACUCUCUCAACAGAGUUCUUGGCUGAAAAGGGCUAUACCCUAUUGGUAGCCUUGUUGCACUAUUUGCGAUAUCUCUGUGGUGUUGGCAACUUGGUAGGCGAUCAGACACCCAGUGCAAUUUGGUCCAAGUGUCUUCAUCACAUUAAAAGCGCCUCCACCAAGUCCAAUAACAGCGUGAUAAUGGAGGAGUUUCUAUCGCAGUGUGUUGUUAAACUAUCGAUUAAACUCCUCUCGCCUCACAGCCUGCACAUUAGAAGUCCCAAUAAUGUAAUUAAAAUUCCUUCGAAUGAUAUCUCCUCUAACCCCAAACCAAGUGAUUGCAUGGCAAUAUUUAAUGUCGUCUACGACAUAGUGACUAAUGAAUGCAUGUCUGAAGAUUUGAAGUCGCCACUUUUCUCCAGUCUGUGCCAUGCAGCUCUUGAGCUCAUUUCGACUUACUCUAUGCAACGCAACUCCUCCGACCCUAUUGAUGAAUCAAUACAAGACACCAUCAAUGGUCUCGGGGAAGCGGUGAUUGAUUUAUUCAACAAGGACAGUCGGUUGUCAUCUGCCAGAGGCGAUGGAAUAGAUCGCGUAGCCCUUCUUCGUAGCUAUAUCAGUGCUCUGUGUUCAGACUGCGUCGCCUUUGUCAGCCAAUUGCCCAAAGAUUUGAAGGACUUUUCUCUCCCUCGUCCCAGAAUAGCGGUUCAUACGACCAUGGUAAAUGAAGUGGGCUUAUCUGUCUGGUCGGUAAUGGUGGAUUGCUUCAUCAAACUUGUUUUUCAACAUGAAAAACUAACCGAUAGCUCUCCAACUGAUCCAAACGAAGGUCCAAACUUAACCACCCUCCUCUCCUUCCUACUAGCUCCCAUCUUUCUAGCUGGAAACACGAAAAAAUCCCCAUCGCCAAGCGUAGAGUGCCAGGCGCUGAGAAGGAUGUUUAAUCUCUUUCGAGCAUUUCGUCAAGAAGCUACCUCUCUUACCGGCCUCUCUGUCAAUUCGACCAUCAAUAGGCUGAGUUUAAUCAUCCUCGCUCUCAUGCAAUCUCUAGGCAAUGAGGAGGAGGUGAAGCAGACACUGAAUCUUCGUAUUAUUGCCAACUUUCUCGUCUUUAUGGCUGAAUCGGCAGAUAUUUCCGAGGAUAUUAUCCAUGACGAGUCAACCGUGACUCCCUCCCAAUGGAAGCUUGAAAAGGGGCGGCUACUAGACUACAUGCUAGGACCCGUAGAAGCCAUAUCAUACUGUCUUACCUUCAUGCCUCUGGAACAUAAUGAGGUGUCCAUUUCAAACUCAGUUGUGUCAUUUUCCUCCCAAGAACAGGAGGUUCGAUCUCGGUCACCCCUUACCAUGCAUACCGCCCUAAGUCAUUCUCUUUCACCGUCCAGCGUCUUUGAAAAGGUUUUUAUCGAAUUCAAUCAAAUUCAUCAACAGUCACCAAAAUCUCCCCAGUCGGUCACUCGCAAUCUCCUGCUUGCUCUAUGGCUAAUUUUAAGGAGGAAUAAAUCUGCAAAGGAGAAUAUUUUUAUUCUCAUUGGUCGAUGUUCUUCUAGCCUCCUUGGCCUAUCGAAACGCCUAGAGUUGAUUAGACCAACAGCCAACACUAUUGAUGAACCUCUUGCUAUGAUUGUCUCGGCAUAUGAAGCAUUUGUGACGGCUAUAUGCAAUUGGAUAUUGAAGAAUCAUAACAAGCCCUGCGUAGCGGAUGUGACGCAAACGCUGAAGACGCUUGAACUGGAUCCCCUAGUUCUACCUCAGGCGAGUGCCGAGCAUCUCCUGGUCUUCUUUGAGGCUGCUGUGCUUUUAGCUUCCUGUCAAAUUUCAAGGGUGAUUUAUAGACUUGGAAUGACUUUGAAAAGGGCCAUCAUGACGUCUGUGGCAUUUCUUCAAGACGAGUCAGCUGAUUGCACGGUAGAUGUCUCUCGACAACAUAAAGUGUUUAUCUACUGUUUGGCGACCAUAUGGGAUACCCUGGUGACUUCUCUGGACUCCAAGGAUACCGAAAUUCGAAAUCGAAUCAUCGAUGUUACCAUUAAGUUUUCCGCCUGCCUCGCCUCACGUUCAGCGCCUCAAAUUUCCCUCCAUAGUCGCUCGAAUUUCCCCUCCUGGAUUCCUUGUGAAAAAUUGAUUACUCGGGUAGAGCAGGUUCCAAGUCGCAGAAGUGACAACCUGGAGAACUUACUUCCUCUGGAAGCUGAUAGAAUCACACAUCCGUGUUUGAUUAAUUUUGAUGAUAUUUCCGAGACCAAUCAGGUAUUUGCGGGUCCCUCCCUGAAAUAUGGCUUGCCAAUAAGCACUCGUAGGUCCUCCCUUCCCUCUAAGAAACUCCCUAAAUCUUACCGUAGACGUCUUUCUCUCACUGAUUCGAGCUUACAAGAUCAGAGCCGUGUUGUCCCAUUUGGAUCGAGAUUUGUUUAUUCACCUUCUGCAAGUCCUGAAACUCCAAGCUCACCCAUAGCUAGGACACCUCCUGGGAACGUGAAAUCCCCAUCUCGGUUGGACCAAAAUUUGGGUGCAACGAAUAUUUUGCCAUCAUCCCCUGUUGCUGCUGCUGGCACAACUAGAAAAGUCAUCGAAACCACACCAGUUCGUGGCAGAAAACGGAAGGCCACUGUGGAUGGACCGUCAACUAAUAUGAUUGAUUUUGAGGAUUCUAGUGAUUUCGUGUUUAUACCUCCAAAGGCUACGCCUGGUGCUAAGCGAAUGCGCCUUACGGAGCAUCAGAAGGAACGAAUGCGAGAACAAAGACAAGCCUACAUUCCUCCAAUGUUCAAUAGUCUUGACCGUGAUAGCAACGAUGCUAUAUGGGCUCUCUAUCCCUCCGACAGUCAGUCUUCAAUGGACUCCAACUCUCGUCCCCCGUUCGAUAGUACUGCCCCUACUUUGGCGCAGUCCCAACCACAAACCCCAACUCAAUCAAAAGCGAGCACUUCUAACAUCAGUGGGCAGCAAAACGAGUCUCGAUCAAAAACCCCCAAUUCCACACUUCCAGAUGCAACUAAUGAAGAAGCCAAUUCCGGAUUUGAAGAAGAAACGCCCGUUAGUUCAACCUUGGCUCAAACCAAUAAGACGCCGACCAGAAAGAGGGUUAUAAUACAAUCCAAGCUGUUGCCUGACAGUGAUAUCACCAACCCAAAUUCUAUUAAGAAAGUUCGACUACUGGAUAUGCCUGCCUCGCCAAGCCCUGCAAGUCCCAUGCUAACGGCUUCUCCCAUGAUGUCACCUCAACUACCGCUACUUAGAAGCCCAGGAUUACGCAACUCUAGAACUCUGAAGAUUCUGGAAAACAGUCGGGCGGAAAUAGAGAGGAAACAAAAGCUAAGGAUGGCCCAACUCGCUUCAAUGAAUGACGAAAAGCCUCAACCUACUGCCACUCCGCCUCCACUGUCUGCUAUCGGAUCUUUUGUCUCUCCUCCACGAUCUGGCAUUUUGCGGGAAUCCGUGUCUAAUCAGGUGAAGCAUGUAUCAUUUGCUGAUCAAGCCACUGUCAUUGUGAUUGACGAUUCGCCUCCCGAAUCACCAAUCAAUGAGGAAUUGCUGCGUACUCCAACUAAAUCGGCGUUGCCAGCAUCAUCAUCAACCAACCAACCAACUCUAAGCAAUACAGCCCCAUUGAAAGUGGAGACUGGUGUUUUGGACAACUCGGAAUACCCGAGAGUACUCCUCUCGCCUCUCACUCAAAUACAGGGUGAACCUGAAGAACAUUCCCCAUCUACCUCCCUUCCAUCAAUUUCGUCUAAAUCUGUCCCCGCAAGUCGAAGGCGUAAAUCGGAUUCUCCAAGGCGUCUGAUUUCCAGACCUAACACUCGACAACAAGGUUCAGCAUUCUUGAGGAAUAUGUCAGCCUCCCGUAAGAGAUUUUCCGCCUUCCAAGAGUCCAGAUCGAUGCCAGCAUCAUCCACCAAAAAAGCAUCAUCUGUUGCUUUGACUAGUGCCACCUGUCCUCCUCCAAGUUUUUCUGCUCCUUCUUCAUCCAAACCAUCAGUCGACAUUGAGGUGGUUGAAGGGACUCAACUGUCUCCCCCACCACAAGGGAUGGCGGCGACGAUAACGAAUACCGACGAAAAUCAGAAUUCGAAUUUAGUGGAAGUGAUCGAAGAGACACAAGAUAUUCCCGAAGAUGCUAUUGAGGUUCCAAGUAGUGUUGAAUGUACAGAGAAUGGUGAUCUCGCUAUUCCCGGUGUCAUAGCAGAUACUCCGAUUGAGGAGAGAGAGCCAGAAGCGGCUUCUACUACGGUCUCUGAUCAACCUAGACCAAUGGAUGCCAGUGAAGUAGUAGCAGGCCUUAACGGAGAAGCGAACUCGUUAGUACUUCGGGACUCGUCGGGUGCAUCUCCAAAGAGUUUGGAUGAAUUAGGUGAAGGAGUUCAUUUGGAACGCAUUAAACAGGCGCUUAGAAUCGUGAAAGAGGAGUUGCCUUCACUGACUCGUGAACAGCAAAGGAAUAUGGUUUUGGAGGUUAUUGCCCUCUUGCAUCCCUUCUGCUCAAAUUGA